AGGCGUUGUUAGAAAAUUUUUUGGUGGAAAUGGUCCACCGAAAAACUGUGUGUAUAAUAUUGUAUUUAUAUAUAUGUACACAGCACAUUCUACUCCGAGAAAAACAUAAUCAUCAUAAUAUUUUCCAGAGCAAAAGAUUGCUAACCGCCGUGCCAGUCAGUCGAUAUGUGUGAAUCCUUAACGGCGGGAACAAUUUUUAUUUAAAUUUGACUAACCAAAAAAAGAGUCUAAGAAGUAAAUUGUGUUAUAUCCGAAUAUUAUACAUAUAUUAUACAAACAUACCGUCACCGUAUAUAUAUAUAUUGCAGUCGUGUAACAAUUGGUAGAUUAUUAUUAACAUUAAUGUCAUUACUCUUAUCAAUUCACAGUUGAUAAUUUUGAAUUCAAAUAAAGAAUUGCUGAAUAAAAUUCUAUAGUGAAAUCCAUCUCAUUUAUGCACAUUUUAUUUAAUACACACGAAUUAAAUACUUUUUUUUACGCGGCUCCAUAUACCUAUGGUAUACACUUAAAAAAUAUAAAAUGUUGUACCUAAAAAAAAUACCGUGUGUAUAAACAAAACCCAGUGCUUUGAAGGAAAAAAAAUGAAGAAAAAUAUGAAUCAACCAGAUAUAAAUUGUUAAAAGUGCAGUGAGUGAGUGUUAUCCACACACGCAAGCAACACACAAAAAAAAACCUCUAAGAAGAGUCAGCUAUUGCAAGAUAGUGUAUGCGAAUCUAACAUUUUGCCGAAAUAAAAAAAAACGCACAAAAAAGAAUUCAAAGCCGAGACUUGAGUAUUUUUCUACAAAAAAAAGAAUAUCUACAUUUAUACCAAAUAUUAUAUGUAUGAAUCUAUAUUCGUCGUCGUAUCAUAUCGUUUUCGGAGAAGUAUACACCAUAAAACAAUUUUUUUUUGCAUAUGUGUUGUGUGACUUGGAUUUUUUUCCAUCCUUCGAUUCGGCGAAGUUUUUUUUAGUUAGGCCCCGUUGCUCAUAAGAGAUAGAUAUUUUUUAUCAUUUCGCAACACACACCGAAUAAAAUUCCCAAAAUAUUUGUUCUGUUUUUUAUAUUAUAAGUUCAUUUCUAAAUGUUUAGUCAAAUCAAACACUUCAUAACUGAAACACCUCACCAUUUAUAGUUGACAUUGGUUACUAUUGAACAAUAUUUUUUUUUUCGGUCGUAUAUCGGGUCCAUAUAUUUGAGAAAUGAUAAAUAAACGGAUUUCAUUCAAAUUGUAAAAGUGAUAACACAACAGUACGAUAAUAAUGUAAACGGAACGGAUAUCAAUAAAAAUAAAAAAAAGAACAAUUGUGAUUCAAUUUUAUAAUAAUAUCGAACGAAAAGAAAAUUCAAUCAAAGAGGAAAAAGAAAGAAAAGAAGAAAAUAAAAACAACAACAACAAAACAAACUCCCGGUGUAGUUUCCAUUCAUCCAAAGUUAAUUUUUCAAAGGAAAAACAAUAAAAUAUUUUGUUUUGUCAAAGCAAAAGACAAAAAUAAAAACUGACAAAACAGGAGAGCAUUUUCGAUAAAUUUAUAAGCUCCAAAACAUCCAAGCCAAUCGAGGCAUGUUUGAAGAAUUUCAUUAAAUUUUUGACGGGAAUAUACAUGAAAACAAACUGGGAACGGUCAAAAAUUGAAUCUUCAUUACAAAAUUGAGUUAAUUAUGCUGAUGUUAUGUGGUGUUACGAACAAUAAUUUGCGAAAAUCGAAUAUCAAUGAAUUCACUGACAGUGUGUGACGUCCUACAUUAACUACUGUUAUGUUGAUGAUAAACCAUCUUUUUUUUGGAAGAAAAUUAGAAAUAAUUUUUUUUGCAUUUUAAUAUAAACAAUAACAAAAUAAGAGAGAGAGAGAGAGAGAGAGAGAGAGAGAGGAAGAAACAAACAAAAAAAACUCUGGUGUUGUGUAUUGGAUAUAUAUUUAUGAUACAAAACGAACGAUGAGUGAUUCAAUAAUCGGUUAAAUUGGUACGCUGGAGACGUACAAUUCAGUGGUGACGGAAUACAACAAUCGUUAAUUGGAGUUAAACUAAGAAUAAAAAAAAAAUCAUCAAAACUGUCUGUUGAGAACAAGGAGAUUUCGCCGUUCAACAAUUCGCUCACAAUGGGUGACACACAGCACUUUUGUCUGCGAUGGAAUAACUAUCAAAGUAGCAUCACAUCAGCUUUCGAAAAUUUACGUGAUGACGAAGAUUUCGUUGAUGUAACACUAGCCUGUGAUGGUAGAAGCUUAAAGGCACAUCGAGUAGUUUUAUCAGCGUGCAGUCCAUAUUUCCGGGAGCUGUUAAAGAGUACACCUUGUAAACACCCGGUUAUAGUUCUUCAAGAUGUGGCAUUUACAGAUUUACAUGCAUUGGUCGAAUUCAUCUACCAUGGUGAAGUGAAUGUUCAUCAGCGAUCGUUAAGUUCAUUUUUGAAAACCGCUGAAGUGCUUAGAGUAUCCGGUUUGACUCAGCAACAAGCUGAAGAUACACAUAAUUUAGCCCAAAUACAAAGUCUUGCCAAUGCUGGAGCUAGAACUCCAAUAAAUCCACAUCAAAGCUUUACAGACAAAAUGGUUGAAGAGGCGCUGUUUCCGCCAGGUGCGUCACCGCCUCAUAUCAAUAAUCUUCACACACCUAAUGCUCAUUCAGGUGCAACUGUAAAUCAAUUGUUGAGACGAGCUGCUGCUGCAGCUGCAAUGCGUCGAGAGCGAAAUAACUCUAGCCAUUCGGACGAGUUAUCAUUGAAAAGACAUCGACCCGACAAUGGGAUACCAGGCAAUAAUAAUAGUCCAGAUGUUGUGAAUCAUAUGCCUCAAGUUACUGCUACCGAUUUUUCAACUAUCAAGCAUAAUAACAACAACACCCCACCAAUUAAGGAUAGCGAAAGAAUCGAAAAUCACUCAGCUAAUAACAAUAACAACAAUCAUGGCUCAAAUGGAAACGGACUCUCCUCCUCCCUCACCGAUAAAGAAAGCAUUACACCGUCCCCUCCAAAUCGCCUAAAUGACGACGUCAAAUCCGAACCGAUGGAAUUGGUUUGUGGCAACAACAAUCUGCCGAUGGAUGAGCACAGUAACGAUUCUUCGGGUGAAAAUGAUCUCAAAUACUCUGGCAUGGGUGAUGGAAAAGGCUCACUGAGUAUUCGUUUCAGUUCGAACAAUGACGACGACAUCGACAACAGCAUACAUUCGCACACGGCACCACCUUUUUUAAUGUCGUCCGAGAAUAAGCUGUUUUCGACACCGGGAUCAUUUAAUUUUUCGAUGGCCGCAUUAGCCGAUCCAGCCACACUUGCAGGUAGAUUCAAUUCUCAACUACAAUCAGCUGCUGACCUUGCCGGUUCACCUCAAGCAGGCCCUCAAAGCGCUGUUGUCUCGGCAUCAUCGUCACAACUUCGUAUGCCUCCGCCCACGAGUGGCGGUAUCAAUGAGCCACAAGAAUGUCCCUAUUGUCGCCGGACAUUUUCGUGCUAUUACUCAUUGAAACGACACUUUCAAGACAAACACGAACAGUCCGACACACUAUACGUGUGCGAAUUCUGUCAUCGAAGGUAUCGCACCAAAAACUCACUGACAACGCACAAAAGUUUACAACAUCGUGGCUCCAGCGGCAUGCUGAAACGAUUGCUGAAAACGUCAGCAAUCAAAAAUGUGCUCGGUUCGCAUCACGGAUCCGGACAUCCACGGCCACAUUUGUUUGACUUUGCUGCCGAAUUAGGACAACCGCCGCAAGUGAUACCAUAUAAAAAAGAACACUUAGCCUGAAAUUAUUUAUAAAAUUUAUUUUGAAAUAAAAUAUUGUGGAAAUGAGAAACAAAAUAAAUGGAAGACAAAAAUUUGGAUAAAACAAAACAAACAAAAAUUGACAACGAUUACAAUACAAAAAAUACAAAAAUUUAAAUAAAAUAAACAAAAAGAAAAUCAGUUUGAAGUUGUCUGGCGAACGUGCAAUAUUUAAACGAGAAAUAAAUUUAAAAAUGAGAAAUUAAAAAAACUUUACAAAACAAAUGAUAAAAGAUACACAAGAAAAAUCAUUUGAUAAUGAAUUUAAAAAAAAAUGAAGCAGAGAAGAUUAAUAACUUCUAUAAAACAUGAAAUGCAUUUGAUAUCAGAAUGACUUUUCACAACAUAAAAAAUAGAAUUAUAUAUUUUUAGUUUAUAACUUAAUAUAAAUUUAAACAUUAGAUAAUGGUUAAAAAUAAUUACAAAAAAAAAUCAAUAUUAACAAGUGUACAAGUUUAAUCAAUAUUAUUUAUAAAUGAAAUAAUUAAGUAAAUAAUAAUGAAUUGAAUGCUCCUCACAGUUUUCUUCUUUCUGAUACACACAGUGAAAUUGAUUAAAAUGUUUUUGUACCACAAAUUGAAACAUAAAAUUUUCAACAAUAUAUUUUUUAUAAAUCAAAAUUUAUUGAAAAUUUUAUUCGAUAAACGACAAAAUGAGACAUUUUAAUCAAUCACAUGGCAUUCAAUUUUCUUCUUUUCUUUUUUGUGCAAAAUAAAAAAUUAAAAAAAAAACUAUUCGUACGAUAAGUAUCAUUAAAAAUCAUUAACAUUAAUACAAAAAAAAAUCAUCAUAAAAAUAUAUAUAUUUUUAGCAUUUAAUUAUAAAAAUUGAAUUUUUAUGAUUAAUAUCAGUAUAUUAAACAACUUGACAAAACAGAUAUAUAUGAUAACAAAACACUUUAUGUAUCUGCUGCCAAUUAAGUAACAAUCGUUUUAAUUUCCAGUAAAAUACAUUAUUAAUCCGCAAAAAACAUAAAACCGUUUUCAAAUAAAUAAACAUUUUGAAAUUCAAAUUGAAGAAUGGUGUUAACUUUCAAGAGUUUUUUUUUUUCAAUUUAAAUCGUUGACGAUUCAAUCCAUCAAAAAUUAUCAAAAUAUAUCAAUUAAACAUGGACGCAAAUAUUAAAAUCAGAUUUUAAUAUACAAACACUUUACAGACCAAUGGGUAACUUUUUUUUAUUGAAAUAUAUUGGACAUAAUCAAAAUUAUAUCAAAGUGAAACAUAUUAUAUCAUUAACAGGAAAACAGAUUGAAAAGUAAUUAAAUAAAAAAUAAAAUCAUUACAAAAAUUGCAUAGAAAAACGGUUUCAAAAACUCAGUGAAUCACCAUUGAAGUACAAAAAAAAGUGAAAGAAGAAAAAAGUAAUUAAACUAAUAGACUAUUUAUCAAUUAACUAUAAAAAAAACUUUGUAAAAAACAACAACAGCAAAACAAACUAGAACCAGGAUUUUUUAAGAAUCAUUCUUCAAUCGUUUUUAUGAAUGAAAUGUCUUCAAUUAAAAAUGAAAUGAAAACUUUUUGCGAAAAUUAAAAUUAAAAAAACAAAAGCAACAAAUUUUACGAAAUAAUGUAACUACUCAAAUGCCACAAAUCUUCCUCAGAACUCAGGAAACAAAACAAAAAACGAACUGUACAAGAAAAAUAAAAUUAAAACGAAACGAACUAUCAUUUCAAUCAAAGAAAUAAAAGUACUUCACAACUUAAUCAUUCACAACAUAAACUAACUAAAAAAAUUUUUGACGAAAAAUAAAAGCAAUCCAAAAUUUUGUUCAUCAAAAAAUUAAGAGAACGAUCGUCCCAGACGAAUUAACAAGAAUUCGAUAUUUAUAUUUUCGACUAGCACUUCAAGUGGCGGAACACAAUUCUUUAAUUAGUAACAAAAUUUCCUGUUUUUGUGAUCAUUUCGGAAAUCCUUUCUUAAUUCUUUGGUGGCCAAAAUGCGAUUCUCGUCCAAAUUUACCAAUUAAUUUAUCAAAGUUUAAGUUUCAACAUUAAUCAAUCAAUUUUGUUCAAUCGUUGGAGUAAAAUUGUUCUACAAAAAAAAACAACUAAAAUCUUCUUGUUGCAUUUAGUUUAGGAGACUCGUGUCAUCGUUUUGAUCCAGAAAUUAACGGUCAAUAAAAUCUAGUAUAUCUCCUUAUUGAAGGAUCAUUUUUUCGUUACUAGACACCCUUCCAAAUGUCCAAAAGUAUUAUCAAAUGUGCCAUAAAAUACACACCAGUCUGAAUUUGUUUAUUUAUUUGGCAUCGGGUAAAAAAUAUAAAUUUUUUUCCUCAAAAAUAUCGGUCAAUGACAAUGCGAUUUAAUUUACUUUGCUAAAAAAAAUUAGUGAUCUGAUAUAAACGGGUAGCUCAAACUAAACUUCUCGCAGGUUAAAAAAAAAUGAUUUUUAGGAAGCAGAACAAAAGCUAAUAAAUCAACGUAACUACAUACGGAGCAUCUUCAAUGAGUUUCAUUUUUUUGUUUCUCCAAUUUCUGAACGUAAGAAUCAAUUUUUAAAGAGCAAAAAA